AUGCUGGGCAAUAUAGCACGUAAGCCCAGCGAAGACAAGACCGACAGCUCUUCGAACCAACCCGCAUCAUCGUCGACAUCCACGCCGAAACCGCAGACCUCGGAAGCCGCCUCUACCCCCAAACCAAAGAUCAACGUGACCCCGGCCGCGACAACACAGUCGAACCCGAAUCCUUUUGCACAACUCGGUGUACAGAACAGCAAGAUAGCAGGAGAUGAAUCCGCCGCCACAGGUAGUUCCCGUCCUGCCUGCAAACGGCCAGCGCCUGAUGUUGACGACACCGAUUCAGCACCGCCCGCCCAGAAACCAACUCCACAGCUAGUACAGCAGCAGCAGCAGCAGCAAAAGUCGGAGACAGAUGAGGACUCUGCCCAUCGGGUGCUGUCACAAGUCUUCCGCGUUUCUGUUGAUCCGCACCAUAUGGCAACCCCCCAGGGCCAGCGUCUGAUCUUUCUACCGAACUUGAACCAAGAGCUGAACGAUUCUGGCGACUCCCUGAAGCUAUCCAUUGAGUAUCUCCUGCCGUGUUGGAAACGAGCUGUCAGGGCGUCCAGCACUGCGAAGAAUGUUUCGGCCCCGAGACAAGAAAUUCUGGACGAGGCCAAGCGGCUUUGUAUGAGCAACUGUCUAUUCGCGUUGACUAUGCCGGCUCUUUAUGGUCGUGACCCGAACCCUCAGCAUGAUACGCUCGUGCCUUACUUGCUAAAGGGCAUUCAAGACGAUGGUGGUCUUUGUUUUGACUUUAUUAGAGAAGCUAUCAAACGAUUUGACGAAGAUGAAGCGUUCCCUACCCUGUUCAAUGAUGCCAUGAUCAAAAUUAGCAGCCAACUGUCCACCCUGUCUUUGGGGGACGAGUAUAAACCUCACGUCCAGGCCCUUCUCACAUACACGCGAUUCCCAGUGCUUAUUGCCAACCUCGCCCAACACCCUUCCUUCAACAUGGCACAGUCUGCUCCUGGCAUUGAACGACAUACCAUUCUCGGCCCUUUCUUUCGUAUUUCCCCCCUCCAACCCGAGGCAAUCAAAAGUUACUUUCCCGGAGCUCGAUCUCUCGAUAGAGUUAGAAUUGCGAACGCCCAAGAAUCAUUACGAAUUGUUCUGAGAGCACAUCAAGAUGAUCUGUUUGUAAUUGCAAACGCUUUUAUUCGUGCCGGCCCGGACACGAGAAGCAGGACGCUCAACUGGUUCGCAUACAUCGUGAAUAUGAAUCACAAGAGAAGAGCUAUGCAGGUUGACCCUAAGGAAGUUGCCUCGGACGGUUUCAUGCUCAAUGUGACCACCAUCAUGGACCGAUUUUGCGAACCUUUCAUGGAUAAUGACUUUAGUAAGGUGGAUAAGAUCGAUGUGCGCUACUUCAGGAGACAGCCUCGAGUCGACAUUAAAGAUGAGACUAAAUUGAACGCGGACCAAGCCACAGCGGAUGAGUAUUAUUCCAAGAAGGUCGAAGGGGACUCAAACUUCAUCUCGGAAGCCUUUUUCCUGACCCUCGCCGCCCACCAUUAUGGAAGUGAGGCAUUGAAUUCACAGCUGAAGAACCUUGAUCGUGAAAUCAAGUACCUGGACAAACAUAUCAAGGCCAUGGAGGCUGAACGUCCUAAACUCGCCAAUUCACCCCAUCAGCUUCGAUUAUUCGAAGAAACUUUGAAACGACACACAAAUGUUUUGGAGAAGACGAUUGCCCUGAAGCAUGCCAUUGAGGGCGCCUUGCUCGAUGAGCGAAUGCAAAGCACGUCACUUCGCUUUAUGCGAUACGUUGCUGUAUGGUUAUUGCGACUCGUCACUGGCUCAGAUUAUAAACCAGGACGAGAGACUCAAAUGAUCAGGCUACCGCUGUCUUCUGACAACGCAGAGGCAUUUGCUUGUUUGCCGGAAUAUACCCUACAAAACAUUGUAGACAAUUUCAAGUUUAUUUUCAGAUUCCUUCCCAAAAUCAUUCCCAGUGCUGUUGGCGACGAAAUGAUUGCUCUGUGCAUCACUUUUCUUCGGUCAUCUGAGUUCAUCAAGAACCCAUAUCUUAAAUCCUCGUUGGUCUCACUACUAUAUUCCGGAACGUGGCCGUUUAUGCACUUGAAGAAGGGAGUCUUUGGCGAUCAGCUUAUAGCGCUGCCUUUUGCCAAUGAAUACCUCUUGAAUGCCCUGAUGAAGUUCUAUAUAGAAUGCGAAUCCACCGGCGCCAACACUGCUUUUUAUGACAAGUUCAACAUCCGAUAUGAAAUCUUCCAGGUAAUUAAAUGUGUCUGGAGCAAUGAUGUCUACAAGCAGCAGUUGACACGGGAAAGCAAGACCAACCGUGACUUUUUUGUUCAGUUUGUGAACAUGUUGCUCAAUGACGCUACGUAUGUCUUGGAUGAGGCUUUCACAAAGUUUCCCAAGAUCAGAAGCCUAGAGCGAGAGCUGGAAGACACUUCUCUUUCAGCCGAAGAUCGGCAGAAGAAGGAGGAAGAAUUGCAAACACUUGGUAGUCAAGCUACCUCGUACAUGCAGCUGGCCAACGAAACGCUAGAGAUGAUGAAGUUGUUUACCAAGGCCCUGAGCGAGUCGUUCAUCAUGCCCGAAAUCGUUUCCCGCCUGGCAAGCAUGUUAAACUACAACUUGGAGACACUGGCUGGCAAAAGGGCUGCGGCAGAGCUAUCCGUUUCGAACAAGGACAAGUAUCAUUUCCGCCCUAUCCAACUUAUUUCCGACUUUGUCGACAUUUAUCUGCACCUGGGCUACUCGCCGGUAUUCGUGGACGCUGUCGCCGCGGACGGUCGAUCCUACAAGCCCGAGGUCCUCGACCGUGUGACUCGCAUUUUGUCGUCUAAAAACGCAAAGGAUCCCGCUGAUCUAGCACAAUGGGAAAAGGUAAAGGCCAAGUUUGAAGUGGCAAAACACGAAUUGGACCAGGCUGAACUCGACCUGGGCGAUAUCCCAGCCGAGUUUGAGGAUCCCAUCAUGGGUGACUUGAUGAAGGACCCGGUGCUCCUGCCCAGUCGACAUAUUGUCGACAGAUCAACCAUUGUGCAGCAUCUAUUGAGCGAUGCCAAGGAUCCGUUUACACGGCAGCCCAUGACGAUUGACGAUGCUAUUCCACAGACGGAGUUGAAGGAGAGAAUUGGCAAAUGGAGAGAGGAGAGGGUGAAGAUUGCCAAGGAGCAGGCUGUUGGUUUAAGGGGCGAGCAAAUGGAUACCACGGAGGGUUAG